CGCACGCGGUCGUCUCCAUCCGACUCAACUCGUCUCCACCGGUCCACCCCCAUCGAUCCCAACCGAUCCCCCGCUCCCACUUGAAGCUGCCAAUUCCAGAGGAUCACGCCCGCCCAAUCCCAGAUUCCUCUCCUCCCCUCUCGAAUCACGCCCGCCCAUUCCCAGAGGCCUCCGCCGCUGGCGUCGACUAAUCUGGUGUUGAGUUUCUGUUGCAAGUGCAGCCAUGUCCAUGUUCAAUAGGAUCUUUGGGAAGCCCAAGGAGCAAGCCAACUCCAAUGCGUUGGCCACUCUGGACAAGUUAAAUGAGACUCUUGAUAUGCUGGAGAAGAAAGAAAAAGUGCUGGAGAAAAAAGCAGCUGCUGAGCUUGAGAGGGCCAAGGAGUUCUCAAAAGCAAAGAAUAAAAGAGCGGCUAUCCAAUCCUUGAAGAGGAAAAAACUUUACGAGCAACAAAUUGAGCAGCUUGGAAAUUUUCAGUUGAGAAUCCAUGAUCAGAUGAUCAUGUUAGAAGCUGCUAAAGCUACGACAGAGACUGUUGAUGCAUUGAGGACUGGAGCUGCAGCUAUGAAAGCAAUGCAAAAAGCAACAAAUAUUGAUGAUGUCGACAAGACUAUGGAUGAAAUUAACGAACAAACUGAAAAUAUGAAACAAAUACAAGAUGCUUUGUCAGCUCCUCUAGGAGCUUCUGCUGAUUUUGAUGAGGAUGAACUGGAAGCGGAACUUGAGGAACUGGAGGGAGCAGAGUUGGAAUCUCAGCUUCUAGAGCCUGUUGCAGCUCCUCCUGUGCAUCCAGUGCAGGUCCCAACCAACAGGAUACCAACUCGCCCUGUUCCACAGAAGCCUACAGCUGAGGAUGAUGAGCUUGCUGCACUGCAAGCUGAAAUGGCGUUGUGAUCAGGUUCCCAAUGAAGAGGUGAAAUGUACAAAUUUGGAUUUACGCUACAAAGUUUGGAAGCAAGUCUGGCUACAAUAUAGUUUCUCAUGUGUGUAUAGUCUUGGGGGUCAUUUGGCAAUCGAAGCAUAAAAGGCUGCUCAAGCCAGUGUUUGUUUCAGUGGUUUUGGGUCUGUUUUCCAUAGACAGAGUUUCAGUUAAUAUGGCUCGGUUAGCUCCAUCCAUGCUAACCAUCCAAGUCAUGCAACCAUUGUUGUCGCACAGUAUUUUUCAUUGACCCAUAAUGUCUGGAACCAAUGUAAAAAUGUUGAAACGCAUGAAAUCCGUAGGAUCCGCAUUUGAUGCGGCGGUUCGCAUAAAUAUAAUUAUGUCUUUGUUA